AUGUCAAAAGUUCAAAUUAACAAUCUCAUGUAUGAAUUGGAUUUCAUCUAUGAACCAGAUUUAAAAAUCGACAAAAAAUCCUGCUAUGGUAUCAAACUAAAUUUGCCCCCUGAUAAGUCUCCAAUCCUAAAGCUCUCAAUUUAUGAUAUCAAUUCAAAUUAUGAAAAUAUUACAUCAAAUUUCAAUGCAAAUAGUUUCUCGAUUCAAACUAAUUUAUAUACACCAAAAUCAAUUAAAAGCUUAAAUACAAAUUAUAUUAAUCAACAAAAUAAUAACUAUAAUAAUACGAGUCGCAAAAUUUUUAAUAAAAAUGAAGAAGAAGAUGAUGAUACGAGCAAUGAAACAGACACAGAUUAUGAGAAUGACGAUGAUGAAGAGGCCGAACAAGUUUAUUAUGUCAAGUUGAACAAUAAUAAUAAUUUCAAAAAUUUAAACUCCAUAACUUGUAGAUUGGUUGAUAAUUCAUACUUUAUAAUUCAAUUCAAUCCUGGUUUAGAGAUAAUAAUCUUAGAUUCGAUAUUAAUAUUAGAAUUCAAUCUAUAUCAAAAAAUCAAGACAGUUAAAUUUGGUAUUCCAAUACUUAAAACCGAAAAAAUAACUGCAAUUUCAAUGACCAUCUAA